AACGCAGUAAGGAAGGCGGGUAUCCGGAAGAGAAAAAAAGUAAAAGCUGUAAAUCUUCCCUUCCGCUUGGAAGGGACAGGGAGUGACAGCUGGCAACCAUGUUUCAAUUUUUGCUCGGUUUUGCAGUUGGCAAUGUAGUUGGAAUGUAUUUGGCCCAGAACUAUGAUGUUCCAAACAUUGCAAAGAAGAUUGAAGACAUCAAGAAAGACGUUGAAGCUAAGAAGAAGCCUCCAAAUGAUAAAUGAUGCUGAUUUAGGCAUCCUACUAUUCAACGUAGAUGGUCUACUUUAAGCAUCCAGGUGUCAAGACUUUAUUGGCUUUAAUGAAUGCUGUCAGGCCUGAUUUCAGAAGGCUUA